CUUGGGUAAGCUCUCUUAAACAAAUUAAAAAAAAAAUCACUCACUCUCUCUCUCUCUGUAUCACAACAGAAACUCUGCAAUUCAUCAAACCCUAGCUAUCGCUCUCUCGCACGCUCGCUCGGUAUCUGCUUAUUCUCGGUCUCAAAUUUCCUGCGACUUUCGGUGAUGGCUGACGGAAAGCUGAAUCUUCCGGACGAUUUCCUUUCCUCUAAGACGCUCGAUCAACACCGCUCUGUCAAAGAUGAAGCUUGGGGAGGAACGGGUGAGGAGAAGUCACUGAUAGGGUUACUUGAUGAGUCAAAAGAUCAAGUAACUUCAGAGAACAGCAUUCCACUGUCCCCGCAGUGGCUUUAUGCUAAACCAAUUGAUCCUAAGACAUUGACUGCAGGAGGGGAAAUGCGUGCACCAAAUUCAUUGCCUCAGGGAAACACGACUGAUACUAAUUUAAAAGACAGUUGGCGUUUGGAUGGAUCUCAAGAAAAGAAAGACUGGAGGAAGGCUGUGCCCGAUAUUGAAAAUAGUUGUCGCUGGCGUGAAGAGGAGAGAGAAACAGGCAUACUUGGUAGAAGAGAUCGCAGAAAAGAAGAUCGCCGUGCAGAUGCUACCUUUUCUAGGGAUAUUUCUGAAACUAGAGCCUUGUCUUCUGCAGAUCGUUGGCAUGAUCCUAGUAACCGUACUUCUGGGCAUGAAUCCCGGCGAGACACCAAGUGGUCUUCCAGGUGGGGUCCUGAAGAUAAAGAGAAGGAUUCUCGGUUUGAAAAGAGGACAGAAGCUGAGAAGGAAGAUACUCAGAUUGAAAGACAAUCUUUUGUCAGUGGCAAUCGCACAACUUCCGAGCGUGAUAAUGAUUCCCGUGAUAAGUGGAGGCCCCGCCAUCGCAUGGAAGUUCAUGCGGGUGGGCCAGCUGCAUACCGCUCUGCACCAGGAUUUGGGUUGGAGAGGGGGCGGGUAGAAAGCUCAAAUGUGCGAUUUGCACCUGGACGUGGUAGGUCUACUAUCAAUGGAAGUCUACAAAUAGGCAGGCCCCUCUCUGUAUCUGUUAUUGGCUCUGUUACUGUAGAUAAAUUAUCCGGCCCCUCAGCUGUAUAUUGUUAUCCUAGAGCAAAGCUUCUUGACAUUUAUCGUAAACAAAAAACUCUUCCGAAUUUUGAUUCCUUACCUGAUGAGAUGGACAAUGUAUCACCAAUUACACAAUUUGCCUCCAUUGAACCCUUGGCUUUUGUUGCCCCUGAUGCAGAGGAAGAGGCUACUCUUGGGGAUAUAUGGAAAGGAAGAAUUAGAAGCAGUGAAGUAUUACAGAACUCUAAUAGGGUCAAAAAUGUGGCAUCGUGUGUUAAUACUGCAGGAUUUGGUGACACUACUAUCAGUGAGGGUAAACAGAAUUCUUCAGUUAAUACUGAAGAAAUUGUUGAAUCUUUGGAAACUUCUGGUGUAAAUAAUUGUGGCCAAGGUAGCGGUGCCGAGACAUUAAGCCCAUCUGAUCCCUAUGUUGCCAAGGAAAGGGGUGCUUUUAACGAAGGUGAAGGUAUCAGGUCAGGUGCAAUUGAUGUCAUGCAUGAUGGCUUGAUACCAUCGGUUUUGAAGGGACAUGAUACAUGUGGUGCUGGAGAGACUACCAGCUCUAGUAACACUGUUAAUGAAGUGAAAUUUGUUGAAAACCAACAAGCAGACGCUUUGAAUUUUAAAGAGCACCUUAAAUUGGAAGACGUUAAGUCAGCUGAUUCUUUUGAAGUCAGUAACCAGCUUCCCGAUGAUUCAAAUUCUCUGUUUGAUUUUGCAUCUUUGGAACAAACUGCAAACAAUGAUCAGCUUCAUCAAAAAGGCAAUAGCAGGGUACAUCCAUCAGAUGUUGGUGUAUCACUAGAGGAUUUAAGUUUGUUCUAUCUUGAUCCUCAGGGUGUAAUUCAGGGACCAUACAUGGGGAUUGACAUCAUUAUGUGGUUUGAGCAAGGUUAUUUUGGAACUGAUUUACCUGUUCGAUUGUCAGAUGCCCCAGCUGGAUCAGCUUUUCAAGAACUUGGUGAAAUCAUGCCACAUCUGAAAGUUAAAACAGGGUCCUCCACAUGCAAUAAUCUGGUUACAACUUCACAGCUAUCUGGUACUGUUGUGGGCUGCUUGGAAGAGAGUGUAGCCUCUCCUGUUGCUGGACCUGAUUAUAAUAGGUCUGCUGUUGUAAAUAAUCAGCUGUGGGUUUCAACUGGUCCAGAUGCUACUUCAGUUAUUGAUUUUCAGUUAGUAGCACCUAAUCCUGAACAUCAAUCUGAGCCCCGUCUUCCUGACAAUCAAAACUUCCAAAAUUCUGUUGCUCAAGAUGAAGAAAUUGUCUUUCCUGGGAGGCCUGGGAGCAGCAAUGCUAAUCAUAUGAAGAGAUCUGGUGCUGAUAUUCACAGUUCAUUUUCGAGUCCUGCAAGUCACCAUUCCCUUGUUAAUGAGUUUUCAGAAACUAGUCUGCCUAGACAUCAGGAGGAUGAUAAGUUGCAUCCUUUUGGUCUGUUGAUGUCAGAGCUGAGAGACAGCUCUCAUUUGAGACGUUCUCAAUCAUCCAAUUUGGCUUCAAGAAUAGGUGACCAUGGUCAGUUCUUGGAUUCUUUUGACAGAGAUGCUAAAAUUGUCAGCCAAAGCUCUUUCAGUUCAAUGGCUGAUCAACCUUCUCUUGGGGAGAUGUGCUCUGAUGAUUAUAGAAGGAAUACAAUUUCAAAAUCCCACUCUCAUCAAGGUUCUAUAGAUGCACACCUAUUAUUUCAUGGGGGGCAAGAAUUGAAGGGUUUUGACAUGGCAGAGCACUUAAUGUCACAAAAUUUGCUGAAGGAACAACAUCAACAGCAGAAUUAUUCGUCUCCUCAUCCUUUGUCAUGUACAAAUGAGUUGGGGAUAGAUCAAAUUCCUGGUUUUUCUCUUUCUCAGAGCAAGAAUCUUCAUCUACAGCAGUCUGCUCAUCCAGUUUCAGACAUGAAACAACUUUUGGAAAUUAAGUUACAGCAACAGCGACAUCUCGAGCUUCAACGACAUGUUGAGCGUCAACACCAACGAUAUCUUGAGCUUCAACACCAGCGACAUCUUGAGCUUCAACACCAGCGACAGCUUGAACUGCAACACCAGCGGCAGCUUGAGCUUCAACAAGAGCGGCAGCUCAAGUUGCUGCAACAACAGCGGCAACUUGAGCUUGAGCGACAGCGGCAGCUUGAGCUUGAGCAGCAGCGGCAGCUUGAGCUUGAGCAGCAGAGACAGCUUGAACUUCAACAACAGCAUCGCUUGCGUCAGCAGCAGCAGUUUCGUUUCAACCAAAUGAAGAUGCUGCAGCAGCAACAACAACAACAACAGUUACUUUUGGAACAACUGUUUCCCCAUCAGAUGCCUGAUCCUGGUUACGGACAGUUGAAGGUAGAAACUGUAAGAGAUAACCUACUCAAUCAAGCUCAGUUAAGGAUGCAGCUUCUAAAUGAACUCCAACAGGAUUCUCAUGCAAGGCACCCAGAUCAGUCACUGGAGCAGAUCAUCCAAGCAAAGAUUGGUCAGAGUGCACUCCGGGGACAGCCAGUUGAUUUUUUGGAUCUAAGAUCACAAGCAAAGCAUGCAAAUAUGCCUUCUUCAGAAGAGCAGCUUCAUUUCCAGCAAGAACAAUUGCGAGCACGUCAGUUAUCUAUUGCAUUGAGGCAGCAGUCAGGGCUGGAAGGGGAAGGGCAUAUAACUGGCCCAUGGUCGGUUGAUGUGGCUGGUCAGUUUGCUAGGAGUUCUUCUGGUCAUCACCCAAUUCAUUCGGCAGGUUUUAGUGCUUCAGAUUUUUACCAGCAACAGCAGAGGCUUUCUUCAGAUGAGGAGCAAUUCAACCACCAUAACUGGAAUCAUGCUGUACAGGAACGACAUCAGAGAGGGUUGUUUGAGCCUAGCUCUAUGGCAUUGGAUAGGUUAUUGUCUGUUCCUCCUGCUCUCACUCCCGGAAGGAAUUUGGAUAAUAUAAACACUCAAGCCCAAGGUCUAGAUUUUCCAGAUCAGCAUCUCUAUAUGCAUUCAACUGGCCAGCUGAGUUCCUUUUCUUCUGGCAUCCCAUCACACUCCCAACAAAUCUCUGAUGAGUUAUAUGCUACUCAUCCAGAUAUGAAAGAGAGCCACUUCUCUGGGAGCAAUAUGCUGCAGGAAAAUAGCUGGAUUGAGAAACAGAUGCAACAGUUGAACCUUAAAGGUGAUAGACAACGUAAAGAUGCAGAUGUUAAUAUGACUUCUGUGGAUUCAAGUUUGUGGACAUCCACUGGCGGUGAUGGGGAAAACUCAGAGGGAGUUCUAAUGGAUCUUCUCCAUCAAAACUCGGGUCUUCAAUCUGUGCAUUCCGCAGAUGUAAAUUACCAACAUAAUAUAUCGUCUACUAAAACCCAGGAUACCUUCUGGCCAAUUUCUGAGACACAGUCAUCAAAUCUCCCUUUUAAUCUCCUCACUGAUCAAGAAGUCACUGGGAACAGCUCCUUUGUGGAAGGGCCUCAAAAUUCCAACUCAAGUGCACCAUUCAAGCAUUCAGGGAAUGGUGAAAGAUUAAUCCUAAGAUCUAAUUCUGGUGUACUAUUAGAACAACCAUUCUUGUCUGGCAGCAUAGAACAUUCAAGCUCCAUUGGUAAAUCAACUUUGGACAAGGACUUCUUAGAGCUGGAAGGACCAAAGGGGAAGAGGCAUGGGUCCAAAGGCAUGAGCAUGUUGGUUUCAGAGAUGAAAAACAAUUUGGUGGAGCAAGCAGAAAACUCUCUGGAUUAUGUAGAGCUACCAAGGAAUGCCCAUAGUAGGCAUAGUUCUCUAAGUAGUGUUGGUGGAAAUGGAGGCUUCUACAAUUAUGAAAUAGGGCUAGACAAGUCGCAUGGAGAAAUUUCAAAUGAAAGGCUUCCCCCUAAUUUACCCAAAGGGCUUGACAAUGAUCUAAGCAAACAACAGCUUCUAGCAAGAGCUUCAUCCCCCCAGGAUGUUUUGCCUGAGUCAACUUCUGCAGCAUUUGUCAAGCAGAAAAGUUCAAUAACCCUCACAUCAGACGAAGGGAAGCGGGAAUCAGUCAGCAAUCCUGUAGCAACCCAAGUUCCUGAAACUCAAGCACCUGGCAAAAAAGAUGUGCGUUUUAGGAGGACCUCAUCUUUCAGUGAUGCUGCUGUUUCAGAGACAUCAUUCAUAGACAUGCUUAAGAAACCAGUUCUUCCAGAAGCUGACCCAUUAAAUGCAGCUGCUUUCGAGUCAUCUGAUGUUGGUGCACCAACCGGGCGAAGUGGCAAAAAGAAGGGAAAGAAAGGAAGGCAGAUUGAUCCUGCUCUCCUCGGCUUUAAAGUUUCUAGCAACCGGAUCAUGAUGGGUGAGAUCCAGCGGCUUGAAGAUUGACCAAAACAAGUUGUACAUUGUAUGUACAUUUUCUUCUACUUGUAGAUAUAAUUUUUACAGUUUCUUUUAAAGUCUUUAAUAGUUAUAUUUCUCACGAUAUAGUUUCAAGAUAGGAGCAACUGAUUUAGUCUGGGUUACCUCCUUGCCAUUCACUAUCCAUAGUGUUCUGACGAAGUAAGGCAUGUGUAUAUAUGGAACAGAGAUUUUUUUGUAGGGGUACCAUACAAUAAUGAAAGGAAUAGUUACGGUGAA